ACUCAACGGGUUAAUCCUAGACUGCCUAUCAGAGUCUAGAAAAUCCUCCGCGUCUCUGCAUUUUUCACGCAUUUUAAUUUUUCACUGAUAUUUCAGUCAGAUUUUGAUAUAAAAAUUUUAAAAAAUUUAAUACUCACAAGCAAAAUAGCAGCUAAAAAUAGUGUAAGGUCUAUUAUAUUCUUAAAAGGUAUCAACGUAUAAAAAAAAAUUAUGGACAUUCUAGGAUUAAACUGAUAUUCGCCCAAUUCAUUUGAUUUGUCCUCAAAAACGUCCAGCAGAAUCUAAUAUAUUUGCAAGUGACAUAUAUGGCGAAAUUGCAGCAUCGAAGAAUGCCGGUCUUUCGUUUUCACAUGAUAUAUGUAUAUAUAUAAGAACAACACAAAAGACUAUGUCACUCGAGGUGGAAUGAACUGUAUAAGCUUUCGACUGUAUGUACUACCAGCACAAAGUGUCUACCUACUAUAGGUUGGUCUACAGUACCUACAGAGUAAUAAUGUCCGAAUGGCUUCCUUUAUCGUUCUAACUUUAAAAUCGUAACGCGGUAAGCUCUUUUAAUUACUGGUAGUACUUUGACUUUGCAGGUUGUAUUCGCUAACAACCCAAUUAGCGGAUUGUUGAUAGUUGGAAGCCUUGCCGCUGCAGCACCCAGUAUGCUGUUGCUGAGCGUGGGAACGGGCCUUUUGGGUCUUUUGGUGUCGAUGUUGACUAAUGAGCAACAGGCGACAAUUGGUAACGGACUGACAGUUCACAAUCCGGUUCUAGUUGGAGCUUUGACUUACAAUUUAAUUCCAAAGCCCUACGACCCCUUUGAUCCUUUUCCAUUGUUCCUUAUUUUUCUCGGCACGGUAUUCAGUGUUUACUUGGCCCGGUCCAUUGGAAACGGAAGAUUUCCAUGUUUGACUUGGCCAGUUGUGGUGGUUGAGUUCUUAUUGCUAUUUGUGUUGACGUUGAACGAUCAUUCACCGAAAGUGAACAGUGCGAUUUCCACUCGCAACUUGACUGACAAUGCAACAAGUGACGCCACAAUGGAAUAUGCGAGCCACAUUGUCGAGAACGGCACUGUUGUCAACCUGAACUGGGGAAUGGUUUUACAAGGAGCUGUCACUUCGGCGUCUCAGGUAUUCGCAUUGAACGAUGUCGCUGCUGGAUCGGUUAUAUACCUUGCACUUUUGAUUUACUCACCAGCGAUGGCAGCACUGUCGUUUAUUGGAGCUUCGGCUGGAUGUCUGCUCGGAUUGCUGCUUGGUGUUCCUCAACAAACAGUCUACGAUGGCAUCUGGGGAUUUAAUGGUGUAUUGACAGGAUCUGCCAUGGGUGGAACUUUCCUCGUUUUGAAUAGACAGACGGUCGUUGCCACUCUGAUUGCUGUUCUAUUUUGUCCUGUUCUUCAGUUUGUUUUAGCCCCCAUCGCUGCAAAGUGGGGACUUCCGGUUCUCGCAGCGCCAUUUGUACUUACCGUUUGGCUUUUCCUGGGACUGAGAGAAUCGCCGGGACACACAUUUCCACGACCCGAAUGUAUGUCGUUUCCCGAAAAACAGCGCUACGAGUUCCUAAAGACACGACGUGCCCUGAGAUCUAAUCGGGCGGAAGGGUCGGGCGAACCGGAAACUCCUACGAGGGAAGAAAAGAGACCAUCCUCGACUUCCUGCGAUCUAUGCACGUGAUACGUCACCCCGUCAUCCGGCCAUCAGAGUUGUGUACCUUAUAUUGGAUACUCCGUAUAGUACCCUUAUAAAUGUCAUUGUCUAUCAGCAACGUGUAUCAGCCAAUAAUUGGCCAUUACGUAAACUGUCUAUGAUUUGAUUAGAAAAUAAAAAAUUUACGAGCAUAACCAUGGAAAAAAAGAUAAAUUUUGCAAAAAGCAAAUAAUUUGAGAUAAAUCAAAAGAAUAACGAUCAAGCAUGUAUAUUUUGCAUUGCGUUCUCUUAAUUUUAUAACUGUAUAUACCACACACAAAAAAUAUAUGUGCCUUGAGUGUA